AUGCGGACUCCCUUGACGGAUGCUUCAGCAAGAGUAAACAAAUGCCUUGCCCCGAUUACAGAGCGAGAGGAGCCACUGAGACAACCACAGCAACAGAUGACAUCGCCGGUGCCGAUGUCCAUUGUGACAAGUCCUCUGUCCGCAAAGAAUGCCGAUGUCAACUGCAGCAGCCCGGCUCCAGGCUCACAGCCAGGGACUAACCGCAAUUCUGUAAUGUCAGCGGCGUCAAUAAUCACCAACCAAGGCAAGAGGAAGACACACGUGGGACCAUGGCAACUCGGAAGGACACUCGGCACGGGGGUGAGCGGCCGCGUAAGACUGGCGAAGCAUUCAGUAACGGGGCAGUUGGCUGCGAUCAAGAUCGUCUCGAAGAAAUCCGCCGCCAUAACGCAAAGUGCGAGUAUUGCGGGAAUGGAUAAGAAGGCCAAUCGUAUAGGGGGUAUAGGGCCGCGCCAGAUCCCAUCCGGGCUGGAGCGCGAGGUUGUCAUCAUGAAGCUGAUCGAACACCCAAAUGUGAUCAAUCUCUAUGAUGUUUGGGAGAACCGGGGCGAAUUGUACCUAGUAUUGGAGUUCGUUGAAGGGGGCGAGUUGUUCGAGUACGUCUCUGAGAACGCCCCUCUCAGAGAGGACGAAGCGGUACGAAUAUUUUGCCAGAUAAUUGCUGGUCUGGGUUAUUGCCAUCGCUUCAACAUCUGUCAUCGAGACCUGAAGCCAGAAAACAUACUUCUUGAUGCGCAGGGCAAUGUGAAGCUCGCUGACUUUGGAAUGGCCGCUCUUCAGCCAUCGCAUCGCUGGCUAGACACGUCUUGCGGAAGUCCACAUUAUGCUGCGCCGGAGAUCGUCGGAGGGAAGAGAUAUCUAGGUGACAAGGCAGAUAUAUGGAGCUGCGGCAUUAUCUUAUAUGCAUUACUGACAGGCUUUCUGCCAUUCGACGGAGAUGACACCCAUCGCACACUAGAGCUAGUGAGGCGAGGAGAGUUUAAAAUCCCUCCGAAUAUAAGCCGUGAAGCAGCGGACCUCAUCAUUCGGAUAUUGGAGAAGAACCCGGACCAUCGAAUUAGCAUGAGCGAAAUCUGGAGACACCCUCUUAUUAGGAAGUAUGAGAAGCGCUACCAAGGGGCAGUGGACUAUCACAUCGGCCCUGCACCGCCGCUUAUGCCCGAAGACUGUGGCCCACCCAUCACCAACAAGGAAGACGUCGACAUCGACCUUCUGAGAAACCUGCAGACACUAUGGCAUGAUGCUACCCCAGAAGCAAUACUGAAGAGAAUCUUAGAUCCUACUCCGAGCCAUCAACGCCUGUUUUACAAUGCUUUGGUCAAAUUUAGAAACGAACAGUUGGAAAAUUAUCAGGGACAGACUCUCGAGCACUCCGCCAGCGACUAUCACCAUAUAUCAGUGGCACCGCGUACACCGAGUCGCCGAACUCGACGUGCGAAGGGCAGCUCAGCGAAGUGGUCGCAAUUUCCACCCGUGAAAGAAACAGGAAUAAGGACCAAGUAUAAUGAAGAGCCAAAGUCCUGUGCGACGACGCGAAGCUACGACCCGUUCAGAUCUCCACAAGGCAAAUACCCCCAAAGAGAAGCGAAGUGUGCGAAGAUCACAGUCUACCGUAAUGGGCUCAUUGUCGAUGUCGAUAAGACCGCAAAAGAACCCACAGAAACGGCUCCUCAACCGAGGCCAGCUGCAAAGAACACGGAUCUCGAGGUGCCCCAGGUGCCUCAGGUGCCCGAGUGUCCACCGAGCUCACCAUUCGUGCUUAUGCGUGAUAAGCGCAUGAAGGUCAAUUCCGUCAAAUCAUUCCAUUCAAAGACCUCGUUGUCUGGGUCUCGUCGGGCUCUUUAUGUCGCAUCAACGCCGCGUUCUGCCAGCUACAAACGUAAUGUAUCCUUCCACCACAAAAGGAACCGCUCGCAAGGCUCAGUACUAUCCACCAAAGCGAGGCCACCGCGGCCGAAAGCCCGCAAUAUCAGGCUUGAUGCAAGUGAAAGCACUGUAAUAUCUGAUUACGACGAUGAUCCAUUUUCCGACGCACAAGAGAGCCCAUCGUUGCCCGCUCAGCCCACAGUUGUGCGUGGAGCUGGUGUUACAGUGAGGAAUUGCCCUCAGAUGAAAAAGGUGCGAAAUAGCGAUAUCAUUUGGAAAGACGAUGCGCGGAAGGUGUCCUAUGAACUUAGUCAAAUAUGCGAGGAGGCCUUCAACGGCAGCUCACUGUCCACGAAUUGCACCGCCAGCACAUGCAUUGGUUCCGAGACGCCUGCAACAUCCUUGUCAAUCGCUAGCCCUGAGGUGUCUUAUCAACAGCUUGCUUCCAAAGGACACUCAACCACACGCACGGCACCCCCAGCGGCAUCGUCGCCACGAUCAUACACGGCCGCAGAGCUUACUGAAACUCGUCGUAAACUGAUCCAGCAUUCAACUAAGGACGACUCAGGGAACAUCCCGGGCUACUUGAAGCCGAUCAUUGCACACCUAGAUCGUCUGAUUGAGCAGGAUGAAACGAAACGACGAGAGCGGCGGGAUAAUCCUAUACCUUAUCCCAGUGCGCUGAGGGAGCAAUCUGUCCGGUCGUCAAGUGAAACACCGCAGCCACCAGAAGCACCCAAACUCCCGGAAACUGCACCCAACCCUCUAAUCAAUGCUCACAAAGCAGAAGACCAAGGGAAAGUCGUGCUGCAAACUCCCCAGAAGCAUCCUGGCCGCUCCAACCGCGAUGGAAAGAGAACAGUUCGCAUGGUGCCUCAUAGUUCUCUGCAGUCGAUGGGGCCUACCAAGGACUUGAACAUUCGAAAGAACCGUAGUUCUAUUCCCGAAGGCAUUCCAGAGACACCAGACGUGUGCACAACGGAUGCGGAGAAAGAGCAGGCUGCAGCAUCUACACGCAAGUUCGCUUCCCUGAACCCCGGCCAAGACCGGGGUCCCUGCGAACUCGACCCCAUUGAAGAAACGCCAGGAUCACCCAGACGUAACGGCACCCGUUCUUCGGACAACAAGAAAUGGUCGUGGUUCCAGAACAGGGCUCAGAUGGCAGGGGAUCACACUACAAGAGAUUCCAGCGACGUCCCGCAAAUCCAACCGAGUUCAGCUACUGUGAUCAGGCACCACCAAGGUGACUCGAGAGAAGCGAAGGCCAACACCCAGCGAGAUAGUCACUUCAAUGGAAAGCCGUCGCGGACGAAGCCUAAAGGCGGAUUCUUCAGAAGACUAAUGAAUAGACGAGCAAGCAAGGAAUCUCAGAACCAGGAUACAGGCUUUGACACUGCAGAAACCAAUGUCUUGCUCCACGAGAACAUCGAGACUGGUAACACAACAGACACCGAAUAUGACGGCAAACCUCUUCCACCUCCUCCGCGCGGUGGAGGCAAGAGCCAGAACUGGUUCGCACGCGUAUUCCAACUCAAGCCUGCUACUCGAGUGAUAGCACUCAACACAUCGACCACCAAAGCCCGGAAAUACAUCCAUAAGACAAUGCGUGAGUGGAAGAAAUGGGGUAUGGAGGAGGUUUACCUUGACAAGGACAAACGAGUCAUCUACGGAAGCGUGGGUGAAGUCAACUUGCUAAAUCUUCGACCGGUCCAAUUCUCCGCUGAAUUCUGCACAUAUCUAGAACAAGGUCGACAGGAGAACCUCAGCCUCGUCCGCUUCAAGCAAGAGCGGGGAGCAGCGUCAUCCUUCCACAAGGUGGUGGACACUCUCUAUCUCCUCAUGAAGGGCCAGCACAUGCUCAUGGAAGAUCCUGCGCGAGCAAAAGAGAUGGUUCGAAUUCUGGACGACUACCCGAACCCUUGA